GCCAGGUCAGCAUUGCUGCAGAGGUCACACAUUUGGAGAGCACUUCCGGUUCAUCAGCCUGACCAGAAAAAGAAAUUGGGAGGAGCACAGACACUCCAUGUGUCAGAGGGCUGCAUCGCGCUGCAGAUGAAGCAUGGCAGGAGACAGCGAGACAAAGCCAGGUGACCAAGCCGAAAAUGAGAGCAAUAAUAAGCAGCCUUUCCUCAUUGGUGUGGCUGGAGGCACUGCCAGCGGCAAGUCGUCAGUGUGCAACAAGAUCAUGGAGCUGCUGGGGCAAAACGAGAUUGACCACCACCAGAGGCAAGUUGCCAUCCUCAGCCAGGACAGCUUCUACAGGGUCCUCACACCAGAGCAGAAGGCCAAGGCACUCAGGGGCCAGUUCAAUUUUGACCACCCAGAUGCAUUUGACAAUGACCUCAUAAUCACAACUCUUUGGGACAUCAAGGAGGGAAAAACAGUACACAUCCCUGUUUAUGACUUCGUUUCUCAUUCCAGGAAGGAAGAGACAGUGGUAGUGUACCCUGCUGAUGUGGUGCUGUUUGAGGGUAUCCUGAUGUUCUACUCUCAGGAGAUUCGAGACCUUUUCCAGAUGAAGCUGUUUGUGGACACUGAUGCAGACACACGGCUAUCUCGUAGGGUGCUGCGUGACAUAAGUGAACGUGGCCGGGACUUGGAAAGCGUUCUAACACAGUACAUCACCUUUGUCAAGCCUGCAUUUGAAGAGUUCUGUCUACCAACAAAGAAAUAUGCUGAUGUUAUUAUACCAAGAGGAGCUGAUAACACUGUUGCUAUAAAUCUCAUAGUUCAGCACAUUCAGGAUAUUCUAAAUGGUGGUUUGACUAAACGACUGAAUGGGUGGUUUAAUGAUUAUGGAACAACGAAGAAGCAACCAAACCUGGAGUCCAGUAGUCGGCCCCACUGAGCGCAGCACUCAGGAAGAUUCACCUGCACGUGCCAAAUGUGUUCUAUAGCGUGACUAACAAGGCAGGAGUAACUGCCAGGAAAUCAAGACCUUUUGACUUCUGCUUGGACCGAGGAAAUCAAAAAAGGAGGAGUUGGUUUAAAGCACUUGUAUUCAGUUAUAUUUUUUUCUUUAGCUUGCGAAGCAUAUGAGAUAGAAGGCAAACAAAUAGAAAGGGGC